UCUUCGAAGGCUAUCUAUAUCUUCUCUACCGGCUGACAUCAUGGCUGCCUGUUUAGACGCAAACAGCUGCCAUGACCUCGGAGCGUAGCCUCGACGGCUUCGGCGAAGCGGACAAAAACUGAAGCACCAUGGAUCCUACAGCAAGAAAUGCCCUGUCAUUAGCAGCGCUGCUCAUCCUCCCAUUACUUCAAGCCUACUGCCCACGUCUGGCCCCUGACGUCAUAAGUGGGAAGGUUAUUCCGUGCCGCUACCUAUGCAUCAAGAUCAACUUCUUUGAGAUGCCCUCCAUCGUCCUGUCAACAGAGAGAGAUGGAGUCCUAUGUUCGACGCUGCUGCUACGCCGGCGUGGAGUCUGCAAGAAUGGAGGCUGCGUCCCUUUUGAAUCUGAGGACCAAAAGCCCAAAGGAAUGUUCAAAAGAGUGAUAACAGCCAUCGACAAGUUCGCCUCUGGUUCCUUCAGAAAAACCGUCCCUGGACCGGACGCACAGUUUGGGCCCAUCGUGACCGUCAGCCCUUCUCCGAUGGGCGGUGGUUCUAAGGACACCGCCGGGGGAACGUCAGAGCGUGCAAGUGGCCUCACCUCCAGCUCGCUAGCCGCAGGUACGGGGGCGGGUCCCUUGGUCAAAGCUGUGGGCUCAACACUUACGAAUAUCUGGACGCAGGCGUUUCCACUUAAUCUCAAAGCACCACUUCCGACUCGGCCCUUUGCGGCCGGUAAAGCCCCCUCAAACGCCCCUGGUCAGACGUUAGGUGGAGUGACACCCGGUAGCAGUGAUAGAGCAAGUGUUGUCGAUUUGGGUGGAGGCCCACCAACUGCCCCACCACUGCUAACAGGGGGCAGCAACAAUGAAAGCCCGCCUUCGGGAACGUCCCAACGAUCGAAGCUUUUUGGGCCAAUGCCAGGACUCGCGUCAUCAUUAUCCUUACACAGGGCAAUAACGAAAUUGAGAGGCAGCAACUCAGCAUCAGGCGUCACUUCAGGGAGUCCGAGCUCCCCCGUCGGUGCAAUAAAUGUGGUAAGUGCAGCAGGUGUCAAUGAAGUAGUGUCUACAACAGUGGGAGGAACACCACGACCAAAUGCCGUCAACGUUGGUGGAGGUCCACCGACGGUUCCACCACUGGUGAAAACGGGCAGCAAGAACGAAGGACCUGCCUCCGAGACGCCGCGAGGAAAGGAGUCCUCUGGAAUAUUGUCAGGACUUACAUCCACAAUAGGAUUAAGUGGCAUACUUAACACAUCGCACGCCAAGAAAUUUGGAACAGGUCUAGCCGUAGGGACGCCGAGCACUUUCGCAGCUGGAAUAAACCCAGGAAGCGUAGCGGUUGUAAACGAAGGAGGAUCUGGAACAGUAGAUGGAACUCCGAGAGCAAAUCCUAACUUAGGAGUUGGGCUACCAAAUGUCACACCAAUCACGCCACAGGCUAGUGGUAAUGAAAACAUGUUUUCAGAAACACCCCGAGAGUCGGGAUUAUUUGGAGGGAUGUCAAGGCUUCGGUCGAGAUUAGCGGUAAAUCGUGCUCUAAAUAAAUUGAAAAAUAGAAAACAUGAACCAGGUGUUGCUCCUGCAAGUCCAAGCUCUCCCGCAGGGGGAACAAAGGAGGGAAGUGCAGCGGUAAUCAAUAGAGCAGCGUCUGGGCCUGUUGGCGGAACGUCGCAAGGAAAUGAUGUGAACAUUAGCGUAGGUCUACCGGUCUCGCCACUGAGUACAACAGAGAGCAACGACAGAAGGCCGGCCUCAGAUACACCUCAAGGAGCGGAGUCGGCUGUACCAAAGCCAGGACUCACGUCAGCAAUCGGCUUGGCACUGAAAACAUCGCCAGGCAAGGAUUCAGAACCAGGUGCCGCACUCGGAAGUCCUGCCUCAUCCACAGAUGUAAGAAAUGUGGGAAUUGCGAGGGUCAUGAAUCAAGCAGGCCCUGGAGCAAUUGAUAAAACGAUGGGAGCAAAUGAGAACUUUACCGAAGGUCUACCACCUGCAGCACCAUUGACGACACCGAGCAACCGUAACAGAAGCGUGGCCUCAGAGGUGCCCCAAGAGGCGCAAUCGUCUGGAGCUAUAUCAACACUCCUGGCAAAAGAAACGUUAGCUGGUGCUCGAAAGAAACUGCUAGAUGAAAAUUCUGCAUCCAAUAUUGUUUCAGUGAGUCUGAAUUCACCCGCAGUUGGCACGAGUGAGGCAACGGCAACGGUAACGACUGCAGGAGCGUCCGCACCUUCGGUAGCAGCAGGUGGGACUUCGCUAGCGCCUUUCGUCGAGUCCACUAGACGUCCAGCAACAGUUUCGGUUUUCACAGAGAAGAAAGCACAGCAAGUACCGAAGAUGCCCUCAGAUAAAACGGAAGGGUCUCAUUUGCCCCCUGAGAUACUCGGAGGGCCGGAGGCAGCGACGCCUCCAGUUACGCGGACGUCUGGAUUAGCCGUGUUACAUGAAGCGGCCAGACCGCCACUAAUCGCAACGGGGCAAGCGACGCCGGUUUCCAUCUUAGCAGGCGCAUCACCUCAUGCACCGAGUCUAAGCGUACCAGCGCGACGCAUCUUUGGGGGAAUUGCGGGCGCAGCGAGUACUCUAGUACGUCGUAAAGAAGGCCGAACACUUCUAGGAACAAGCACGAACGGGGCCUCUCCACCAGAUGCAGCAUUGCCAACUUCUAAGCACAGUGACACGAGUACAGAAAGCAGCCAAGCAGACAAAAAUUUAUCUAACUCAUCAUUAAAGCCUGAAACUUCCCCCGCACCUCUCGUUGGCCCAACGAGCGGCGGUUCCUUAGGGCCUAGGAGAUUCAUUAGCAAUUUCCUUGGUAGGAGGCGCCGACGCAGUCUCAGUGCGUAAUGUUUUCUCGCAACUUACAUGGAAACAAGGACACAAUAAAGCUUACAGUGAAGCUGCGUGUAUUCAAUAAAUGUACUAGUCGGAGCAUCUUUCUUCUCUACCCCAUUCGUUUUAGAAUCAAACAGAUCUUUGAAAAGUAGCCCACGGCGCAAAGGUCAAUUUCUUCAUUUCAACUAGACAAUUUCGAAAGGCACAGAUAGCUUCCACGAACAAUAAAUGCACAUUUAUAUAUAAAUGCCAGUGUGUCUUGUGUA